AUGGGCAACUCGAGCGCCAAAUACGCCCCUCCCCAAGAAGACGGCGGGUACGCGACCUUGGCCGACACGAGUGUGAGUGGCCACCCUCCCGCCGCGCCAUCCGUCGGAACAGUAUCCGUCUCACGAAGUCACAACUGGUCGACCAAACUACCAUCAGCAUCGGUCGAGUACGGCGACGACGAAGGGGCCUUGACGGCCGACAACGUGGACAAAGCCCCGUCACAUCGGAGUGCUGUCACUCGCCCGCGGUAUUCGAGCGUGAGUUCGUCCGCCAAACAGCCAGACGAACCGUACGAGACUCGACAAACGUAUGUACUGACCGACAACUUGAACAAGAUCAAGCGCGUUGGUCACGAUGUCGAAGACAUUGGCGAGCCAUCGACAGCACAGAAGAAGCAAAAGUCACGUACAGCAGACGACAUCCAACCACACGACCAGCAGCAGUUAGGCGCCAAGUCAUAUGUAUUGCAGUCCAAGAAAGCGUCGCAUCAUGCGGCGAUGCUUGUACGGCCAGGGAGCGGCCUUGUGGGGCUGCAGCCAGGGGCGCUGACCGUCGACGACAAGCCAAGUGCCGACGGCGCUCCACCGUCAAACGUACGGCGGCUCAAGCCCUUGCAAGUGCCGUUAAAGUAUCGAUGAAAGGAAAACCAAACACAA